AUGAUUAAUCAUUUCUUCACAGUCUGGUGUGUUAUGUCAACCAUGAGACUCAUCUUUCAAGCAUAUUCAAUGGUCUUCAUACUGGGUAACCUUGUGGCUUCUCAGUUACAAUCUUCUGGUCGGGAAGAUGCUGUCAACACCACAAUAAUCAACUUCAAUAAUGAGAAGAUGCAGAUCACGUGGGCAACAAGACAGCUUUUUCCCAAUGAGAAUGUGUCAUUUUUUUACACAUUUGAUGAAGGCAAGCAUGAAGUUUGGAAGCCAUGUACCACCUAUUUAUUGGAUCAAAAUUAUAAUUCUGGAUGUCUUUUUAAGACAGAAGGACCUACCCUUGCCAUUUCUAUCAGGAGCAGCAACGGAAGUAAAGAGCUUUUUUCUAAAAAAUUAAAAGCUGAUUUUUACAUAAAGCCCAGUCCACCAGAAAAUGUGACCUUCUUAUGGGAAGAGGACACUGUUACUGUAAGCUGUAAUAAACCAGAGAGAAAUGCAUGGUGCUUGAGACUUGAGCUUCAGUACAAAAGCAAGUUUGACAAAGAGUGGCAAUCCAGAAUUUCUAAGUGCUGCCAUGUUGGAGACCAAGGCUUUGAUCCAAGGAAGUGCUACUCUUUCCGGGUCAGACUGAAGAGGCUAGUACCACACUGCAACGUAGUGAAAUACAGCAGUGACUGGGAAGCUGAAACAUUCUGGAUGAAUGGCAUGCUAUUAGAUUCAUGUGAUGAUGAUGAUGUAACUCCACAAUCAAAAACAGUAAUUGAUUUAAGUUAUUCGCUGGCAGUACUCUUAAUGGUGCUUAUCCUCCUGAUUCUUCUGUGUAAAUGGCAGAGGGUUCAGAUGUCAGUCCUGCCUGCUAUACCAGACCCAAAAUAUUCAUUUGCUGAUCUCCUCAACGAUCAUAAUGGAAACUUACAGGAAUGGCUAGACAAAAAUGACCAUGUGGUGUUGCAAACCAGGCUAGAAUAUGAAGAACCAGAGUCCAUCACUGAAGCAGAAAGCCAGCAAGAAGAUCUGAAGAACAGUGGCACACAGGGGCCUUUGGAAAAAAUCUUCACUUUUUCAGGAGCAGCUGAAAAUAAUGACAUCAAAGCAGCUGAGAUUGCCUGCCUGAUACCAGCAUCCAACACUACUGCUCCUUUUGCUGGCUUACAUAUUUUAAUGAAUGAUGACAUGUACGUGAUGUUAUAA